ACAAAAAAAUAAAGAAAAGAAAAGCAAGAGGGCGGUCGCAUUACGUUGUUUUCCGGGGUUUCGAUCAUGUCGACGGGUGCAGCCGGAGACGGGCUACUCCGGGGAAUGUUCGAAGGCUGCAUCUCGGGCGGCGAUAUGGGCGUCCAGCGACGCCCGUAUCACAAGAACUGCAAGUGCGCCAUGCACAAGGCCCGCGGCCACUGCGCGCACUCCUCUUCUCGGUACGCCAACGUUUCUUACCCUAUCCGGAGGUCGUGGAGCGAGGGCUCUCUCGCGUUGAUGAAUGCUUCCCCGGCCGCCGGAUCUACGCCGCCGUCGCCGUCCUCCCCGGUGGUGGCGGCGGGAGAGAUCAGCAGGACGCAGACGCAGUUGGUUUUGUUCCGAGAAGAGGAUGAAGAGGGUGACGGUGACGAUGAUGAUCAUCAGGUUGUUGAGUUUUCUUCUUCUAAAAUUUGAUUUUUUUUAAUUCAUUUUGGAUUAAUUUUAUUAAAUGUUGUAAUGGGUCUAAUUUUCUAGUUCUUUUUUUUUAAUUAAUUAUUAUAUGGGGUGAUACCAUAAUAGUAAAGAAUUUUUGGGUGUUAAAUGAUAAAAAAUGAUCAAUAUUGUGGUUUGUUUGGCGGGUCUUGAUUUUUGAUACAUGCACAGCACAACGUCUGUGCACGUAUUUUCGUUCCUGUAUUUCUUUUUCUUCUUUUAGCAUUAUUUUUUUAUUAUUAUUAUUAAUAUAUACAAUAACAGCUGAUUUUUAAUUCUUA